AUGUCUGAUCCGCCGCCGCCGUUCCACGUUUCGCGCGCGAAGCUGAAAGAAUUGAUGCAGUGCAAGGGUGGCGUCAAUAUUCCACAGAAGAUUGCCGACGAUUUUGGUGAUAUUAAAAGCCUAUGGAAUGGAUUGCUUACCAAUCCGGAGACGGGCAUCAAAGGCGAUGCCGAUGACAUUGCUCAACGCAAGGCGGCCUACGGCGUCAACGUCAUUAGGACGAAGAAGCCCAAGUCUAUCUGGAAGCUCAUUUGGAGUGCCAUGAACGACCUAACUCUAGUUACACUUAUGGUCGCCGCACUGGUCUCGUUUAUUCUCGCUUUUAUUGCUCCGCCGGAAAAGUCAAGCGACGUCGUGGUCACUGAAAGCCACUCUAACUGGAUUGAAGGCGCCGCCAUUAUGGUUUCAGUCGUUCUUGUCGUGCUCAUAACUGCCUACAACGACCAUAAAAAGGAGAACCAGUUUCAGGCACUGAAGGACCGCAUUGACAAGGAGGUAAAGUGCUCUGUAAUUCGCUCUGGCCAGCCGACGAACGUUCUCGUCUCCGACCUGGUUAUUGGCGAUGUCUGCCAGGUGAAGUACGGCGAUUUGAUACCGGCGGAUGGCAUCAUUGUCGCCUCAAACGACCUGAAAAUGGACGAGAGCUCUCUCACCGGAGAGUCGGACCACGUGAAGAAGGACUCCAUUAACAACCCGCUAAUCUUCUCUGGAACGCAUGUCAUGGAGGGCUCAGGUCGAAUGGUGGUCACUGCAGUCGGCGUCGACUCUGAAGCCGGCAACAUCAUGAAAAUGCUGGGAAAUGUUUCCAAAACUAAAGAGGAGAAGGCUCAAGAGCGUCUUCAGAAGAAAGAAAAUGAAAAGGCAAAGAAGCUGAAGAACAGGGCACCUAAAGUAUCGCCCAACAGUCAACAGGCGGUGAUAACCAUUUCCGAGGCUGGCGAUGAGGCCAACGACAUUCAAAUGUCAAUGCUCAAUGAUCAACAAGUUUCGUCCGAUGACCAGCCACAUGGUGGUGAGGAUGGUGUUGUCGCCGGAACCGGUCCUUCACACGAGCACGAUGGCCCCAGUCAGGUGGAAGAAUCUGACGGUGGAAAGUCGGUGCUUCAGAUGAAGCUGACAAAGCUCUCCAGCAGCAUUGGCUUUGCUGGCACAAUCAUCGCACUGCUGACUGUUCUCAUCCUCUUUACCCGACACACCAUUGACACCUACCUAGUGGAUAAGCAAGAGUUUGCGCUGUCCCAGCUGAACGACUACGUGAAGCACCUGAUCAUUGGAAUCACCGUCCUGGUGGUGGCCAUUCCCGAGGGUCUGCCACUGGCGGUGACCAUCUCUCUGGCCUGUUCAGUGAAGCGCAUGACCAAAGACAACAACCUGGUUCGCCACCUGGAUGCCUGCGAGACGAUGGGCAAUGCGACGACGAUCUGCUCGGACAAGACCGGCACCCUGACCACCAAUCAGAUGACGGCCGUUGAUGCGUACAUCGCCGCGGUGCGCCAUCUGGACCGACUGCCCAAACUGGUCGACCUGCCGCACAAGGUCGCCGCACUGCUGGGCGAUGCAAUCACCAUCAACUGUGCCUACACCUCGCGAAUUACGCCCUCUGAAGUGGUCGGCGAGCCGCCAAAGCAGAUGGGCAACAAGACCGAGUGUGCCUUGUUGGGCUUUCUGCUGGACCUAGGCAUUGACUACCAGGCGAUUCGGGAAACCAAUCCGGAAGAGAAGCUGCACAAGGUGUACACCUUCAACUCGGCUAGAAAGUCCAUGAGCACUGUCAUUCGACUUCCCGAUUCGGCUGGCUUCAGAGUCUACACAAAGGGUGCGUCUGAAAUUGUCUUGAAACGGUGCACUUAUAUUCACGGCAAAGAGGGCAAUUUAGAAGAGUUUACCGCUGAGAAGCAAGCCAGUCUGCUAAAGCAAGUUAUUGAGCCGAUGGCUGAAGGUGGGCUGAGAACGAUUUGCGUUGCUUACAAGGACUACCGUUUCAAGACUACGCAACCAAACGAAAUUGAAAUCAGCAGUGAGCCCGACUGGGAGGCUGAUGAGUGCAUCAACGCCAACUUUACUUGCCUUGCCAUUGUCGGCAUUGAGGACCCCGUUCGUCCGGAGGUGCCGCAGGCGAUUCGCCAGUGCCAAGACGCAGGCAUCACCGUUCGCAUGGUCACCGGAGACAACCUGCACACGGCCAGAUCGAUCGCCAUCAAGUGCGGCAUUGUCACGCCGGAGGAUGACUUUCUGGUUCUGGAAGGACGGCAGUUUAAUGAGCGCAUUCGCGACAUCAACGGCGACGUUCGACAGGAGCUCUUUGAUCAGGUGUGGCCGCGACUGCGCGUCCUGGCCCGCUCUUCCCCCGCCGACAAGUACACCCUGGUCAAGCACAUUAUUGCCUCGAAGCUGAACACCAAGCGAGAGGUGGUCGCCGUCACCGGAGACGGCACCAACGAUGGACCGGCGCUGAAGAUGGCCGACGUCGGCUUUGCCAUGGGCAUCGCCGGCACUGACGUCGCCAAGGAGGCCUCUGACAUUAUCAUCACCGACGACAACUUCUCCUCCAUUGUGAAGGCGGUCAUGUGGGGCAGAAAUGUGUACGACUCUAUUGCCAAGUUUCUGCAGUUUCAGCUGACGGUCAACGUGGUUGCUGUGGUGGUCGCCUUUGUCGGUGCCUGUGCAAUUGAGGACAGUCCACUGAAAGCGGUGCAGAUGCUCUGGGUGAACCUAAUCAUGGACACCUUUGCUUCGAUUGCCAUGGCCAACGAGACGUUGUCGAAUGACUUGCUGAAGCGACAGCCGUAUGGUCGCAAGAAGGCACUCAUCUCCAAGCGAAUGGCAGUGAACAUUGUCGGACAGUCUCUCUACCAGCUCGUUGUGAUAUUUUCAAUUCUUUUCUGGGGCCAUCAAUGGUUUGACUUUCCCUCUGCGCUGAUUGAAGAGCACCGUGACGCUGGCCCUACCGAGCACUUCUCCUUCAUCUUUAACGUCUUUGUGCUGAUGACCAUCUUCAAUGAGGUGAACUGCCGCAAGAUUCACGGCGAGCGGAACAUCGCUGCCGGCCUGCUGGGAAACAUCUACUUCUGCGUCAUCAUACUGGGCUCCAUCAUCGUCCAAGUGAUCAUCUUUCUGGAGGAGAUUAGCCGCACGCCGCCACUGCGCACCAAGAAUGUGGCCGGCCCUGGGGGCAUGGUUCGCUCGAAGACGCAAACGUCGAUGCGCAGCAAUGUCAGCAAUAGCAAUCUGCUGCAGUCAUCCACUAGUCCCACUGCGGUGUGA